UAGGAGUCUUUGCAGCAAGGAUAUUUUAACAAAUAUAUAGUUAGAUGAUAGAGAGUUUACAAAAUGGCAGCAAUACAGAGAAGUGUUAGAAUAUUUCCUGCCUCAUGUACUCAUUUAACAAGACAGUUAUUUCCAAAACCACAUCAUAGAAAUAAUUUGUCACAAGCCAGGUCGACAUGUUUACGCUACAGUACAGACCAAAGGAGUGUACCUCCUAUCACUAACAUCAAUGGAGAGACAAUAGUACGGAGUCCAUAUCCAGAUCUCUCAAUACCACAGUGCUCCUUUGCUGAAUAUGUGUUUAGACAACUAGAUAUCUUUUCUGACUUUGCAUUAAUGGUUGAUAAUACAUCAGGCAGACAUUUCAGUGGAAGACAACUAAAGGAAUACUCCAUUAAAGUAGCUAGUGCCUUAACCAAAAUGGGAUUCAAGAAAGGAGAUAGAAUUCUGAUAUUUUGUAGCAAUUGUCCUGAGUAUGCUAUCAUGUUUAUGGCCUGUAGUGCAAUAGGAGUUAUUGUUAGCACAGCUAAUCCUGUAUAUACUAAUGCUGAGUUAGCCAGACAGAUAUCACACUCUGAAUCCAGUGCAAUAGUAACAUUACCCGGUCUGAUGCAGACAGCUGUGCAAGCUGUUAAUUCAUCCAAAGAUAUAGCUGAGCAAGUAAAGUUGAUAAUUAGCAUAGGAAAUUCUGAUGGAGCAAUACCAUUCUCUUUGCUAAUGGAGGAUGAUGGGAAGGCAUUUCCUGAGAACACUGAUAUUAAUUCUAAAGAAGAUAUUUUAGUCCUACCUUAUUCCAGUGGAACCACAGGGCUUCCAAAGGGUGUCAUGUUGUCACAUUAUAAUAUCAUUGCAAACAUUGAACAGCUUAUUAGGGGACCAAUGAGCCACCUUACAGCUGGAAAAGACAGUUUGAUAGGAGUUUUACCUUUCUAUCACAUCUAUGGAAUGGUUGUGGUCCAGUUUGGAUCUAUAUGUUUGGGGACCAAGCUUGUUACUAUACCUAAAUUUGAACCUGAGCCCUUCCUCGGUGCAAUUCAACAAAAUAAGAUAUCCUAUAUGCAUUUAGUACCACCGUUAGCUUUGUUCAUGGCCAAGAGUCCUCUAGUAGAAAAAUUUGAUGUCAGUACGGUACAAAACAUGGUGUUUGGGGCAGCCCCUCUUGGAGCAGGACUGACUCAGGAACUGAUAGAUAGGAUAGGUGCUAAUGUUAUCCAAGCCUAUGGUUUAACAGAGACAAGUCCAGCAUCUCACUAUGAUCGAGAUCCACCUAAAAUAGGAACUGUAGGUCAUUUAGUUCCUAGCACUCUAGGAAAGGUUAUAGAUGUCCAAACUGGUAAGACUUUGGGACCAGGAGAGACUGGGGAGGUUCUCCUAGCAGGACCACAAGUGAUGUUAGGUUACCUGAAAAACCAAUCUGCUACAGAUGACAUGGUUAAAGAUGGAUGGCUACAUAGUGGGGACAUUGGACAUUUUGAUGAAGAAGGAUAUUUUAUGAUAACAGAUAGACUAAAGGAGCUGAUCAAAUAUAAAGGAUUUCAGGUCGCCCCUGCAGAACUAGAAGCGUUAAUUUGUACCCACCCUGCUGUAGCUGAUGUAGCAGUGAUAGGUAUCCAGGCUGGUGAAGAUGUUGGGGAGGUACCCAAGGCCUAUGUUGUACCUAAACCUGGGAUAACAUUGACUGAGGAGGAUAUUACCAACUUUGUAGAUGCAAAUGUGGCACCAUACAAGAAGUUAAGAGGCGGUGUUAAGCUUAUUGAUAGUAUACCAAAAACUGCCAGUGGUAAAAUUCUCAGGAGGGAAGUAAAAAAUAUGUGAUAGCACAGAAGAUACAGAUGGUUGUUAAAAAAAAAUAUAAUUUCACAGAGAAUAUGAACUAUGCAAGAUUUAUAUGGUUUUAAGAUUAUUACCAAAUUUGGAUGAAUUUCUUCUAUUUUUCAAUAGAAGUGUUUGUGCAAACUGAGCCAAAUGAAAAUUAUGUUAUAUCUUUUUAAGAUAUAUUUCUUCUGGGAUUUAAAAACAUUUUUUUUUAGUUGGUAUAAAUUAAAGAAUUUUAAUUGUAGAAGAAAAAGCAUCAAUAUUUUGGAUUAGAAUAAAAAGGCCAGUAGAUAUUAUUAUGCUAAAGUAAUUAUGUUGAUUCACAGUAAUCUAAACAAUUGAUAUCAUUAUAUAAACUCCAUCCCUAACAGAUGCUUGAUUAACCUUUUUCGCCAAAAAAUAGAUUGUUUAAGCAAUUUUCAGAGAAAUUAAACAGAAUUAAAUAUAAGUCUUAAAUCUUUAAGGUUCAUUAUUGACAGUUUCCAUAACAAUUUUUCACAGUAUAUAUGAAAGGAGAGUUUUUACAAAAUGUGAAACACAUUUUUUUUAAUGCUGGUCAUCUGUUUUUAAACCACAAUUUUACAUGUGGAAUUGCACUAACAAAAUUUACUUUUUAUUGCUAAAAAAACUUAAGCUUUUGAUAUUGUGUUUUUUUUUUUGCCAUAUUCAGGAAAUUUCAAAACCCUUGUGGCAAAUAUCAGAAUAGAUACGACCCACUCUUUGUAUGCUUCAUACAUGCAUGUAUUCAUAGGUUCAAAAUUAUCAUUUUUCUUUAUUUUCAUAUUUAAGGCCAGUGCUAUUUUGAAAUAAAAAACAAAAAGAAUAAAACACUGGUGUGAAAAGACAUAUGAAAAUUUGUCAGUUGAAAGACAACACAAAAUACAGUUUUGCUAUCCAUUCAAGUGUUAAUAUCAUACAAAAGAAAGUUGUUACUUCAUGAAAUCCAAGCACUAUUUCAAAAAUAGAAAAAACUAAGUACACGGGUGAAUAUUGUGUUUGAAAUAGAUUAGAUUUUUUACUGUGAUUAUUUAUGUCUAUUUUUUUGUAUCUUAUUCUGUAAGAUGUAGACAUUUUCAUUUACAGCAGUAUUCAGAUAAUUUUUGUUGCUUUCCCAUGAGGGUAGUGUCGAAGGAAACACUUAUAAUUUUGCAAUGAUUUUUUAUACAUUUCUGAAUAAGCAUCAACACAUUUCAUUCUCAUGCAAGUCAUGAUUCUGUGUUUGGACAGUAAAGUAAGGAAAACAAUUUUGACAAUCUGAGGAGACUGUUUAAAUAGUAUUAUCACUUGGAUGGUUUUAUUUACCUUAGAAUCUGUUUAUUUGUAAGUUAGUAAGGAGUUUACAAGGAAAUCUUUAUUUUCUCACUUUGUUAAAGUUUUAAUUAGAUAGGAAAUUUACCAAACCGCUGUGGAAGAGCUACAGCUAUUCAUAUAUGUUAGGAUUGCAAAAAAAAAAGCUUUUUUACAGCCCUAUUAAUUCAAUGUUUAGACAGUGGAUUUGUAAACCUAUGAUUGCUAUUAAAGAAAAUGUAGGAUAUACUUCAAUGAGAUAGCAACCUUAUGACACAAAAACCAGAAGACAUCUAGAGGUCAAUAUAUGGUUUAUUUGUUUUCUUUUCUCACCUACAUUUAAUAAAUGAAUGACCUAUGAUACCUAUCCUAAACAAAUAUGGUAUUUAUAUGUUAUCUAAGGUUUUGAAAAUGAGAGGGAGUUUCUAGGUUACAAUCUCAUCAAAGGACAUCAUCAUGUUCCAACUCUUCCUGACCUAGAAAUACCAUUCCCAGUCGUGAAGUCAUUCCCAGUCGUGAAGUCAUUCCCAGUCGUGAAGUUUGAUAUGGAAAAUUAUCAAACAAAAAGAUCAAAGCAAAAUUAAAGAAAAUAGUGAUAAAAUGUAUUAUCAAUUGAAAAGUUUAAAAAUUAAGCAAGCUGCUAUUUAUUUUGUUUUUUUUUAUAAUGAAUUUUAAGAGAGGAUGUAACCCUUUCAUUUCAAGUUACAGUUGUCCUCUGAUGUUUGUAUUUAAUUUGAACUAUGAAAAGAUGAUUUAUUAAUUUUUUGUUUGAAUCAAUGUACAUAUUUUCAAUGUCCUGAUUUACAGAAUUAAAUGGCACGGUUUCAAUUAAUAAAAAAGGCUAAUAUUCAACAAAUAGCUGUACAUUGUAAUUUGAAUUGCAAAAUGAUAUUGUGUAUUUUUAUAUUACAUAUGCCUUAAAUUGAUAAAUAUAUUUGUUAACAACUGGUUUCAACAAAAAAACGUAGAAUUUCAAAACCAGCCUUGUCAUCCCCAUAAUACCUCUUUUAAUGAGGUUAAUAUUUGGUGAAAUUGACUUUUGAAAAACUGAUAUUCACUGAAACCAAAGGUUGUUUUUGUAGUAUUGUUGAGCUUUUUUUAUAUCCUUUUAGGGUGUUAAUCAGUAUUUUUAUAUUCUAAUGUCCUGAUAGUACAAUUUCAUUUUUGAAUGCUAUCCAAAAGUAAUUAAUAUUUACAAGGUUGUUUGCCUAUCCUAACUUUCAUGCCUCUGUCACAAAACCUGUCCAGCUAAUCAAUUUUACUUUUUUGAUUGAUUUUAAUAAUACAUGGUAUGACUGCUUUCCAUUGAUUUAAAUGAUUUCACUUGAAUGAGGAUUGAAUGUUUACCAUUAAUCAUGGGUUGAAACUUAGUCAAUUGGUGAUCUUCCCAUAACAUAAUUUACACUGCAUGUUAAAAUAUCUUGUGAAUUUUUAAUAAUUUUACAAUAUUUAUUAUCUUUACCGUUUACUUAUCAGACUGCACCCAUAUUUAACAGAUGGGCAGGGUGAUGAUUUAGAUGUGAAGAAAAAGGAAAUGUUAAAUAUAUGUCAGCAAGACAACAACCAAACAAUAUACAUUUAUUAAAACAAGAGAAGAUGUGUGUUAUGAAAGUUCAUAUACUCAUAACACAGUUAGUUUCAUAGUGUGACUUUUCACAACUCUGAAUGUUUUAUGCAGUCUUUUAUGUUGUGGAUAUUGUCUCAAAAGUCUGAAAUUAAAAUUCAAUUGAGAUUGAAGGAAAGAAUUUGCUUCAAAAUAAUGCUCUUCCCCAUUUCAGUAUUUAAUGGAUAUACAUUUUGUUAGACUAUUUUUUGUUGCAUAUAGUUUACAGUUAAAUAAAAUUAUGUAUUUUAUCAUGAAACUUUAAAUAAGUAUUUUAUUAUGAUACAUUUAUACAUUGAUAUGUUUUUUUCUUUUCAAAAUAUAACCAGUAAUAUAUUUAGUUACACUAGGUUGAUUAAAUUAUAUCAAUGGCAUAGCAUCUGAGAAAAAAGGUUGAGGUUAAAAAAAAUAGCAUGUUUUUUUUCAUUUAUUUAAGGAUCGUGAAUACUUAAUUUUGUAUAAUCUGACUUUGACCUUUUCAUGGUUCAUUGGUCAAUGUUAUUUUUUGGUGGUUAGGUCUGUUUCUCAUAUACUAUAAGCAAUAUGUCAAUAGACCACUUUCGAGUUUGUCCUUCACCGGAAAAAACUCAUCAAUUAUGCGCGCCUUUAUGACGUCAUUUACCAGAUAGAGGGGAUCACCUGUAUCCCUGCACUAUUAACGUUCAUCAUGAUCGUGAUCGUCAUUGUGCAGGAUAAACUAGAAAUAAUUGUUGUUAAGUAGGUACUUAAUCGCAAUGCCCUAAUGACAGCAGUUCUGAUUGUCAAUUAUGAGAAUUCAAUUUGCCGAAUAUUUCGUACAAUAUAGCAUUAUAAUUUUCCAACCACUCGCUCAACAUUGGAACGGAAGUGACGACGCCCCUAAACGCACGAAUGAUGUUCACUAAAACCAAAGUUUUUGACGGAAAUGCAUCGAACUCAAAAGUUGUCUAUUAUAUUUAGUAUAUUAAUGUGUAUUAAACAAUUGUAAGUUGAACAUGUCCAUCUGGGAACUUCAUUUAACCUUGACCUCAUUUUCAUGGUUCUUAGGUCAAUAUUAAGAUUUUGUGAUUACAUCUGUUUCUCAGAUACUAUAGGUCAACUAACUAUAUUUGGCGAAUGGAAAGAUUAUUAGGUGGACAUGUCUGUCUGGUAUGGAUUUUUUUUUACUGUGACCUCAUUUUCAUGGAUAAUUGAUAAUGUUAAGUUUAUAUGAUAUUUGUAGUAAAACCAAUUAUUUUUAAAGACUUUCAAUAUAAAUUCAAUCCUGAUCAGUAAAGCAGGCGAGACAAUUUAGCAUGUGCACACUUUUUAUACAGGAAAUAUGAAAUCCAAAAGAAAAUAUUUUUUCAAAAGAAAAUACAUGUUUAGCCUCAGGUGUUUUAUAUAUAUAGUUGCUCAAAUUUUUUUUUUUUUCUUUUGUCCAUUGCAAGUGCCUUAAUUGAAAUCAAAGACUUUUUGUAUUGGAAAAAGUUAAGGUUUCUAAUAUUUUAGUUUACAAUUUUUAUUUUGUCAACAAAGUUAGCUCCUUUUUUUUUUCCAAUCCAGAUCUUUGAAAUUUCACAGAAAGUUUUCAAUCCCUCAAUAUACGGUUGUGUGCCUUCCAUCAUAUACAUGAUAAAGAACUGUUUAAAGAUUUUUCCCCAUUUUUAAAAUUUAUAUUUCCGUAUAUUUAAAUGUUCAUCAGUGUAGACAAUUCUCCAUUGUUAAAGAAACAUUCUGUGCAACCCAGCCAUAUGAGUAUUUGAUUCAUUUUUAGAACCAUCAAAAUGCAAAUACAGACAAAUAUGGAUGUUUCAUGUGAAUAAAAGGAGAUGUAGAUUAAAUGAAACUGAAACCAACAGUUCAAACCUAAAACAAAUCUGCAAAGGGGUGAAUGCAAUUGAAGAUCAUUAAAUCUUUGCAUUUCUUAUAGUUACCAAAGCUAAAUGUCACUGCUUAGAAUGUGAAAUAUACAAUCACAAAGUAUCAGCAUUUUUUAUAAUGAUUGUUAUUGUUACAUAAUGUACAUGAUUAUUAUUGUUAUCUAUACAGUAUAUCCAACUUUAUCAAUAAAUAUAAUGAUAGGAAA